UAUUUGGCAGUUUAUAUAAUCUCUCCCCUUCUCAUCUUUUGGGGAAAUAAACACACAAAAGUUUACCUUGGUAAAAGGUAACCUUGGGGGGAAGACAAUGAUUAAUCCAGUCUAUGUGGAAUUAGAAGAAAAAAAAGUCCAUCAGCUUGUGAUUGUGAGGUUUCCAGUAUUAUCUCGUUCUGCUAAUAUAAAUAGAAGCCAGCAAACUCAGAUAUCGCACAGGAUGGAAAGCUCAUGAUGAAUCAUCAGGUCACGUCCAGGGGAUCCAGUCAAUGCCUGCACAGUCAGAUGAUUCCACUGGCAGCACAGAUGUCAAAAUCUCAUAUUUCAAUGUAUAAGUAAAAGUGUCAAAGUUCAGCUGAAGCAUGAUUACACAGCAAAUUUAAGGGGUCUGUGUUGGUGCAUAACUGGCAUUAUAGAGCAACAAGAGGAACCAAAAAAUGAACGGGCAAAGCAAAAGAACGUUCAAGGAGAAAUUUGCCUUAAAGAACAGCUUUAUAAAAGAAGCCCUGUCAGAAUUCCUGGGAACAUUUAUAUUGAUAGCACUCGGAUGUGGGUGUGUUGCCCAAGACGUCCUUAGCCGAGGGGCCAUGGGCGGGACUGUAACAGUAGCCGUUGGAUUUGCAAUGGCAGUCACCAUGGCAGUGUAUGUAUCCGGGGGCGUGUCUGGUGGUCACAUAAACCCAGCUGUUUCAUUAGCCAUGUGUGCAACUGGAAGGUUGAAAUGGACCAAAUUACCUUUUUAUAUAUUAGCACAAUUCCUGGGAGCAUUUGUUGGAGCAGCCGCUGUCUUUGGGAUUUAUUAUGAUGCAUUCAUGAACUACAGUGGUGGAGAGCUUAUAGUUACAGGAUCUAAUGCAACCGCACAUAUUUUUGCAACCUAUCCAGCUCCACAUCUGUCCCUGAUAAGUGGAUUUGCAGAUCAAGUGAUGUCAACAGCUCUUCUUGUUCUGAUUGUCUUUGCUAUUUUUGACACCAAAAAUAUGGGCGUACCAAAGGGCUUGGAACCAAUUGCAGUUGGACUUCUUAUCCUUCUGCUCACUUGUUCUUUGGGAAUGAACAGUGGCUGUGCCAUGAACCCAGCGAGGGACCUAAGUCCAAGGAUUUUCACAGCUAUAGCAGGAUGGGGUUUUGAAGUAUUCACGGCUGGAAAUAACUGGUGGUGGGUUCCUACGGUUGCACCUAUGAUGGGAGGAGUAAUUGGAGCUGUUACCUAUAUUAUUUUUAUUGAAAUUCACCAUUCAGAUACACAGCUGGAAGAAGACACGGAUAUGUAUGAGAAAUAUGAACUUACCAAUAUGGAGAAAGAAGAAAGAAUUUGCGAUCAGCACCCUGUUCGGAUUUAAAGCAGAAUGACUGUAUAGGCCAUUCUGCAAAAACUGUGCCUCAAUUAAAGUACACACUUCAUAAGUUACAUGUGACCUGCACAGAAAACAAAGUCCAAAAAGAAUUUCUUCCCCUGAAGCAGAUUAUUUCAAAAUCUGGGACUUAAAUUACUUACUUGCUUCAGGGAAAAAAUUGCUGUCUUUUUUUCUGUGGUUUUCAGGUCAAGUUUUCUCCUCAAUGAAAUUGUAAUGGGAUGAUACACUGACCUGCUAAUUCAAUCCAUACAAUCCAUAAGUCAAGUGAUCUAAUUAACCAUUAAUGGAUGAGGCACUGUGUCACAAAACUGCCUGCACAGAGACAGUUAAGUGGUCCAGUGCUGCAUUAUCAUGUAAAGAAACGAUUUCACUCAUUACAGCCAUUUAUUAAAAAAAGGCAUGUGCUGAAAAGAUUAUGCAUUAGGAAAAAUAUCAGAAUUGCCCGAAAGUUAAUUGAAGUUGUUUGUACCUAAUUUUGUAUCUGGAUAUUAACUGGACAGCUGUGAAAGGAUAUGCAAGUGGUGAGGAUUGAGAAAAGAUAACAUGUUGACAAAAGGUGAGAAAUCUCUGUCUUGAGCUUUAGUCCAAAAAGACAAUAUUGAUACUUUUGCUCAGCUUCUUCAUAGCCAUAACGCUCCAAGUAGGUUUUCAAACCAUUUGAUUAAUCUUAAUGGAAUCUAUUUAAAACCGAAACUAGAUUAUUCAUCCAAAUGUCUCUUGCUGUGUUCUCUGGGUGAAUUUCAUCCUUGCGCAGAGGGCCAGCAGCACAACGCUUACGCAAUGCAGAAAAGUCCUAUGCACUACUUAACGUUCUUAAGAGGCCUCGUGUGGGCACUCUGUACAGGAUGAAUUUCAUCCUCUAAGAGGGAGCAAUUUUUUGUUUUGGUAGCUUCAAGUCAUCUCACAAAAACAGUCAUUAAAAUUAAAAAUAGGUCCAAAGCCAGACCCUAGUUUCAAACUGCACUGAGCUCUGAGAUCCAGACUGAGUUCAAAUCCAGACAGCGUGCUCUCUCUCUUGAAUGAAGAUGGUUAGAUGUAUUCUACUUCCACACUAUUUAGCUUAUGCUAGUUAGUAUCAUUAUCAAGUCCUCACUUUGAAAAUCCAGUUUCCUGUUUUAUCAAUGUAAAUUGAAUGUGUCAAAUUAGCUCAAUGCAAUCUCUAAUUUUUAUAUGGCUGUUGGUGGUGAUUGUGAAUAAAGAGACUUCAUGUUCAAAA